AUGGUCAAUGUUCCUUUGAAGCACGUUGUAUUCGUUCCUGGUCCUCCAUGGGGUCACCUACGUCCUGGCAUGAAGACUGCACUUCGUCUGGUGGAGAAGUUUCCGGACCUGUUCAUCUCCUUGUUUGUGUACCAGACAGAGCUACAUAAGGCCAUCAAGUACCUCGACGCCCAACCUCAGGUAUACACAAGACGGAUCAGGCUCGUCACUGAGCCUACCGAUGGCCCUUCAGUGGCCUCCGGCCAAUUUGAGGAAAUGAUCGCAUCCCUAGAGGUAUCGUUCGGGUCCUGGAUAGUCAAAGAGACCCAGCAAGCGACUGUUGUACAAGUUGAUGGCCGACCGGUAAACCCGCCCAGUGUGAUCAUAGAGGACCUGUUUACUGGCGGUGUGGGAUUGGCCCGCAGGGAUGAGCAUAAUCUGCCAGUCGUGGCAUGGUGGAUCAUGCUGGCUGGAUCGCUCGUAAGAAUCCUCACAACCACGAAUUUUUCCGAAGAGGUAGGAGCCUUGCAGGAUUCAUCUCGACAUGGGACGUUGCCUGGGGAGGAUCAGGUUCCUGAGGAUACCCAUGACCAACUAGUCAGCGUCCCAGGACUCCCGCCUUACUACUCAUGGGAAUCCAAAACUCAAGAUGUUCCGGACAUUGAUUCAUUUUUCGUGUAUCUAAUUGCGCGAUGGAAGAACAUGGUCAAACAUAUAGACACUGUUUUCUGUUCUACAACUUUUGAGAUGGAACCUCUGGUCGCUGCUGCUCUUCCAGGUGCCUUUGGGAAGUCCCUCAAAACCUAUUGUGUCGGUCCCUCUGUGGACCUUGUGCCCCCUCACCAACCCGACCCCAAGUCGCCCGUCACCCAGUUCCUUGACCGCGCAUAUGUCGAAAAUGGCGCACAUUCAGUCAUCUACAUUUCAUUUGGAACUGUUUUCUUCCCCCUUCCAAGUUCGAUGCCUCAUCUGAUGGCCGCUCUGGACGAGGUUGCCAAGGCCGGGUUCAAAUUCGUGUUUGCACUCUCAUCGAAGAGCGCAACACUGGACAAGUCAUGGAUGGAUGCACAUAUCGAGGCGGGCAAUGCGGUAUUCCCCGAGUGGGCGAAUCAAACUGCGGUCCUGGAGCACCCUGCAAUCCACUACUUUUUAUCUCACGGUGGGUGGAACUCGUCCACCGAGGCGAUUGUGCGUGGCGUUCCGAUGAUCUUCUGGCCGAUAAUGGGCGAUCAACCUAUGAAUGCUAUACAAAUCGCCUCUAUGCAUGACUGUGGCUUCGAACUUCUGCAAGUCCGGACCGGGGCUGCCAGAUCUACGGCCUACCGCAACAGUUCCGAGGUUGAGAUUGUGGGGACAGAGGAAGCGGUACGUGAUGAGAUGAGGCAGAUACUCAAGAUGAGUAAAGGGACGCGAGGCAAGCACCAACGCAUGAAUAUCCGCAUGCUGGGCAAGGUUGUUACCGACUCGCUCGGACCCGGUGGAAGUGGAGACAUAGCGUUAGAGCAAUUCGGUAGGCAAAUAGGCCUUGCCUGA